CUGUGUUACACGUGUUACUGACAGCACGGAACGUCAUAGAGAUUUUGAUUUACUUCUGUGUUACAAUUUUUACUGACUGCAAGGAACGUCACGGAACGAACUGGGCUUGAGGCAACUUGCAGCAUCAAAAUGUACCUUACAUUCAUCUGGACAAUAGCUACGGCUAUUGUAACCUCACAGGCUCUUGUUGGCAAGAUGUGCAUGGUGGAGUCAGAGUGUGAUGUAGGCGAAUGCUGUCAGAUACUUAGUGAGUUCAUGGUGGCCAGCAAGAGACAGGAUGCAUUACUGAAUACAGUCAUCCAGCCAACUAAAUCAGGAACCUGUCAAAAGUACAAGAUAGAGGGGGACCCAUGUAACGGGUUUGAAAAAAUGAAUGGCUACUGUAGCUGCGCCCCUGGAACCUACUGCCACACCUAUGAGAUCCCGAUCCCCACCGUGAGUGUCAGGUCAUUGGCCAUCGCACGUCCUGGAUAUCAGUGGAUCUCAAGAUGUGAAAAACAAGGCGUGUAACUCACUAAUCAUUUAUACGCUUUAAAUAAAAGUAAUAGACAUUGAAUGCGAAAAAAAAAACUACUAAAAAUACAAAUAAAAGAAAAACUGAAACGUUUAUAGAAUCUCAA